AUGAGCGUAGAGGACGGGGGAGUGCCAGGCCUGGGCCGUCCCAGCAAGGCCCGCUGGACCUUGAUGCUACUCCUGUCCACUGCCAUGUAUGGUGCCCAUGCACCAUUGUUGGCACUGUGCCAUGUGGAUGGCCGAGUGCCCUUCCGACCCUCCUCAGCUGUGCUGCUGACUGAGCUGACCAAGUUACUGUUGUGCGCCUUCUCCCUCCUCGUAGGCUGGCAAGCAUGGCCCCGGGAGGGCCCGCCCUGGCGCCAGGCUGCCCCCUUUGCACUACCAGCCUUGCUCUACGGCGCUAACAACAACCUGGUGAUCUAUCUUCAACGAUACAUGGACCCCAGCACCUACCAGGUCCUGAGCAAUCUCAAGAUUGGAAGCACGGCCCUGUUCUACUGCCUCUGCCUCCGGCGCCGCCUCUCUGCACGCCAGGGCUUAGCUCUGCUGCUGCUGAUGGCAGCGGGGGCCUGCUACGCAGCUGGUGGCCUCCAGGACCCUGGGAACACCCUGCCUGGGUCCCCUCCAGCAGCCAAGGCUGGCCCCAUGCCCCUGCAUAUCACUCCACUAGGACUGCUGCUCCUCGUCGUGUACUGCCUCAUCUCGGGCUUGUCCUCCGUGUACACGGAGCUGCUCAUGAAGCGACAGCGGCUGCCCCUGGCACUUCAGAACCUCUUCCUUUACACGUUCGGUGUGCUCCUGAACCUAGGGCUGCAUGCAGGUGGCGGCCCCGGCCCAGGCCUCCUGGAGGGCUUCUCGGGAUGGGCGGCGCUCGUGGUGCUCAGCCAGGCGCUAAAUGGACUGCUCAUGUCGGCUGUCAUGAAGCACGGCAGCAGCAUUACUCGCCUCUUUGUGGUGUCCUGCUCACUGGUGGUCAACGCCGUGCUCUCAGCGGCUCUGUUGCGGCUGCAGCUCCCAGCUGCCUUCUUCCUGGCCACCCUGCUCAUUGGCCUGGCUGUGCACCUGUACUAUGGUAGCCGCUAG